CUUGCUGUAUACGCAGGGCCUAGGGCAGCUGGUAUACAUGUGCAGUACGUGUGGGUUAAUCAGUGUGUUUGAUUGCGAAAAAUCAUGUAGGGCCUAUUGUUACGUAAUGCGUUUGUCUGCACUGUGCCACGACUUACAUGUAUGGUCCUGUAUAGGCUGUGAGAGAGUCCGAGGUUCGGCCAAAUUGGAACAACUUCGUGAGUACAUGCCCACCCCCCAUGCCUUUACCAUUACCAGGCAUGCCAGGUGUACAUACUUUAGUCAGGCAGAAGAAGAAAGGAUGCCAACAAUUACCACUGUUGCCAUAGCAACACAUCCUUCACCCUCAGUUCAUCAUGAUGCAAGAUUCUGGAGAGCAGGAGAUCUCCUUCAAGCAGGACUCAGAUCAGGAUUUAUUGCUUGGGUCAACCCCACUGGAGGAUGGCAUUAAUCCUGGGAAUGGGGCAUAUAUCUCAUUGCAAAGUUCAGGUGCUUCCAAGGUAGACCACAAGACCUACGCAAGGCGGUGGUACAUCCUAGCUGUAUUUGCCCUCCUGAAUCUGGUCCAGUGUGUCGGCUGGAACACGUGGGGGCCAAUAGCCGAUACAAGCAAGUUGGUUCUCAACUGGACAGAUGGUGACAUUGCUCUGUUGACCAACUGGGGCCCGAUAACCUACGUUAUUUCUGGGCUGUUCUUUUCCUGGAUUCUAGACACAAAAGGUUUAAGAGUCUCAGUUGUAAUCUCUUCACUUCUGCUCUUCAUUGGUCUCGGUGUCCGAUGCUUUCCUGUGGGCAUAACAAACACGAAAUGGACAGUAAAUGUGGGUCAGAUCUUGAUAGGCUUCGCUAGCCCUGUCUUGAAUGGUGCUCCGACCAUCCUGUCCGCGGCUUGGUUUCCCCCACACCAACGGACGACGGCCACGGCGGUGCCCACGGCCUUCAUCUACCUGGGCUUUGCGUGCUCCUUUCUGAUUGGGCCGCAGAUUGUGACUGACAUUGUAACAGCCAAUGGGACCAAUGUUGUCCCCAAUAACGAGAGUGACCAUUGGUAUGACGUCGAGAUGUCCAUCACUCCAGAGGUCCGAAAACACCACUUCAACCAGAUCAUGCUUCUCAUGUACAUCGAGUGUGGCAUAGGAGCCAUCUUAGCAUUCUGUACCCUGGUCUACUAUCCGGCCAGACCACCCACCCCACCCAGUACUUCGGCCGCGACGUCCAGAGAGAGCUUCAAAAGAGGAGCUCUUAAUUUGGCAAAAAAUCCUCAGUUCUGGCUGAUCAGCCUUGCCUAUAGCAUCAGCGUAGGUGUGUAUGGAUCGUGGAGUACGCAGCUUGAUACGCUGUUUCAGCACACUGACAGUGUUGAUCAGGACACAGUUGGAUGGAUUGGUUUCUAUGCCAACAUCGCUGGAUGUCUCGGAGGCUUGUUCUUUGCAAGGUUUGUUGAUCGAUUUAGCGGUUUCAUGAAGCGUGUUCUACUCGCACUGGCGGUUUUGGCAACUGGCUCUAGUCUGUGGUGCUUGCUGCUGGCAAUGAAAUUUAUUCCCUUUCACAUAGAAUAUCUCUACAUUUCCUGCAUCUCCCUGGGUUUCUUCAUAUCUGCGACUGUUCCCAUCUACUACGAGAUCACCGUGGAGGGGACGUACCCCAUCGCGGAGGGCAUAACGACAAUGGCACUGACGCUGAUGAAUAACAUUGUUGGCCUGUUGUUCCUCCUGCCUCCACUCAUCCCAGGAAUAGGCGUAGACUGGAUGAGCUGGGUCGUGUUGGUAGCCGCAGCCACUCCUGUAUUCAUGCUAUUGCUGUACCGAGAGCGCUACAACCGCUUGAAACAAGACGAAGAGGAAGAGUGCAGUGUGAAUGCAGACGAGCAAGGUACUUAAUCCACCACGGCUUCUUAUUACCGAUAUGUUUGGACUUUGGAAGUUACGAAAACUGCUUUCGUGUCAACAGUAUUAUGAUUAGUUUCAAGACCGCUGAUCACCAGAAAGUAUGCAAAAGCUAGUGUUUGGACUACGUUUUGUUCUUUGGACUGACUCUGUAAGAGUGCUGUGCAACACAUAAGCUGGCAGUUGGAACCAAUUUUGUGGCUUCUUGGGUGACGAUCGUAAUUUGCAGUAUUGUGCGUCCUGGUGACGUGACCUCCCACAUGCAGCGUUUGAUGACUUGAUGCUGUUUUGCCUUGUGGUGUGCCGGCAAGAAAAAAAACCUCAACAACGCAUUGUCGAUUAACCACGCAAUUACAUGUAACAUGCGCGAUUGGAUCACUACUCUCUGUCACCUAAGCAUAUUGUCAGUCGGUAGUUAUUGAGAAUUCACAUGCGCACGUAAGGCCAACAUUCUUUGCUGAUUGAUUCACAAAAUGCUUCCCAGAACUUUUUGCUGUAGUAAGUAGACGUUCUUUUUUUCUGAAGAGCACAACCAUAAACUUGUUCCUGACCUCUUUUUUCAUGUACAUAGUAUGCCUCUGUCGUAGUAAUUUUUGCCCAGAGCUGUGGAUUGGGCAGUCAUUGACACAGACUGACACCAGGGCUGUAAUUAGAUAAUUUCAACACCCCGUUAUGUUACACAUUGUAUGUAAAUUGCGCGCCCACAGGUACAUUUUUUUCCAUUUUUAACUGCCAGUCUUCCAGUCUGACAGUCUCGCCUGAGAUUCUUUCCUAGGAACCAUUUCCUGGUGCCGGCUACCAUCGGGUGGAUGUAAUGGCAACAGGUGUGGUACAUUUCUAGAGGUUACCACAGGCGAAUUUAUUAUGCAGAUGGGGCUAUUUCCUUUCUUUGGAUUUGUUUGUAUCUUUCUUCAAUUCUGAAAUGCUCUCUGAACAACCUGUAUGGUAGGGUAUGUCCUUUCAACAUUCGUUCUUCUCGUGACUGUGUUUCUCUUCAAUGCAGGUAGCAUAAUAUUAAUUUAUAGUAGGGUGUAAUUAAUGAAUGCAGGGUUCACCUUUCGUGACUUCGGUAAACAGACGAUAUAAUCUGCCUGGAGCAGAAAGCCUCCCCUCAUUGGUUGAAAAGAGCCAUGUUGCUGGGCAGUCUUCAUUUUGUCAGUAGCGACGCAACUGCAACGCGUGCAUUUCACAGUUGUUUGUGAACCAGCAAAGUGCAGGUCCAACCAGAGGAGCCGCUGUUGCUUGGAAAAUUGCGCCCUCUCUUGGUCCAGCUUGGGGCUCGUUGGUCGGUUGUCAUGGUCUUGAUGAUGCGUUACACAUUAACACAGGAGUACAGGGUGUGCUCUUUCCAUAUCAUAUUCACAUUUUUAUCUACCUGUGAGUGGGAGCCCGUAGCUGGCAUUGGUGCAAAAGUAGGAUUUGUCUCUGUGUUAAAGAAUCCUACGAACCUGUCAGUACAUAAAAAUUAUAAAUGUUACUGCUAAUUUAGGCCAAUGCACAUUUGUGGGUAAAAUCGGACAUUAGCCUAGCUUAAUAUUUCUUCAAACUUUGGAUGCACAUGCCAUGAGAGCAUUGUAGACAGGCUUACAAUGCGACUUAAAGUGUUAGCAGUUAUCAUGUUGAAUGACAGUAACAGUCCGCAAUCCUUCAGCAGGUGAAACUUAUUUGUUUGAAAAAAGUGGAAAUUGCAGUUUUGUGUUGAUCACCGAGGGUGAAUCCAGAAGAAUAUUGUUAGUGGGGAUUGUUACAAGGGGGCCAAAAAAAUCUAAAUUUCUUUAUGUAGCCUUUUGUGGUCUUUCGUGGGGAUGAGAGACAUUUUGUGACUCUUUACACACUCUUUGGAGGAAGGGAUGUGAACGUCACUCAAAGUCACCUUUUUGUCAUUCAUUUUUCAAAACUGGUAGAAUUUUCUCCUUUGUUGGGCCGUGUCCCCUUUCUUCGGAUCUGUGUGUGUUAGCCUAUGUGUUGUGGUCAACUCUGUACCACAUUGCAUGACUUCAGAAAAGAGGGAAUUUCAGGGUAUUCAUGGUGAAAGACAGCAAUAGUUGGAAAGGCUUACGGUAGCACCACGCGAAGGAAUAUGCAUGUACUCUUAUGAGUAUGUGUGGUUCUGAAAAGAAUCGGGAGUAUACUCAAUGUAUCGGACUGCGUGCUCAGUCCUUCGUCAGGAGACCCGGACGACGGACUAAGCAUGCAAUAUACAUGUACUCCCGGUUCUUUUCCGAACCACGCAUACUCAUAAGAGAUAUAUUCCUUCGCACGGUGCUACUGCAAGCCUUUCCACCUGUGACUUCAGAAAAGUUGUGGUUUUAAUUGUAAUUGAAUUCUCUCACCUUUGUUUUGGUAGUCUUACAAGAAGGUGUGAUGUUGCAAGAUUAAGGUUUAAUUUGGAUUAGUUAAGUUUGCACAGUUUAGCUAAGUACCCUGUUAAUGUCAUUCCUCGUAUUUUUUUACAUUCUUAAACUUUAAAUUUGCACCUGCCACACGUAACCUAUAAAAAUUGCUGACGUUUGAUAAAUGUUUUAUCGAUUUUUAAAUAUGUUUGUAUUGUUAUUUUGAUUAUUUUAUGGCGAAUUAUAUGACUUGCACAUAUAUCUCUGUGAAAUUAUAUUUGAUUAAAUGUUAUUUAUUAGGCUUGUUGUCAUAAAAGAGUCAGGAUAAUCCAAAGUCUCCAAAGUUUGUACGUUUAUUUACAUUCUCAGCAUAUUACCAUAACAUUAAAAAGUCUUUUAAAUUGCAAUGUAGUACAUUUAUAGCGGUCGGCAGGGUUUAGAGCAGACAGAUGGAGAGUAUGAUAAAAUAACCCAUGGCGAAUUAUUCCAUAUAUUCUUUAACAAAAAACUUUGAAAAUCUUUAAUAAUGCAUAGAAUUGUGACACUAAUUCUGCUUUUAAUCAAGACAUAUUGAUAUAAAAUCUAAAUUAUAUCUGCAAUUUUCUUUCAAAAUUGGGAGUAAGUUGUUGGAGAUAUUUUUAAUAACUGUCUAUUCAAGCGGUUUUUAUGAAACUUAGUGCUCAGGUCAUUUUCAUAUAUUCUUUUGCAGUCUGUCUUUCUACCAGGUUCUUAAAAAUGCCGUCCUGACAAUGCCUUCAUGAACCCGAACUCCCAAACACGGGCCUUGAAACUUCCCUAAACAUCCCUUGAAACACUUGCAUAAUCGUUUGAAAACUUCUAAGAUUUUAACCCCAAAAGAGCCAGUUUUUCGGACCUUCUCCAUCGGGGCCGGGGGGGGGGACACCGAAGACUGCAGCUUUCCCCUAGUUUGUUUGAGACUUGACAGACAUUGAAAUCUAUUACUGAUACGAGUACAACUCUAAGGUUGCAAUUCAAUCAGACAUUAGGUUUAAUGAAGUUUACAGUUUUGCGCAUGUCAAACUAAUGUUCAUUGAGAUCAUGCGAAUGGAAACGACAUCUGGGAUAAUGUUUCCGAAAAACGGGUAUUUGAAAGGACAGUUUGUUCGACAUUUAUAAAAAGGUAUCAAAUGACCGCAAAACAUCAGCAAAGAAAAGUUUCCGAGUGCUCGGCACAAUAAAACUGCAUUGCAACGAUGUCCCAGAAAGUGUAUGGCGGAGGCAGAUACCGACCCACUUUGGCUCUAAAGUGGAAUAGGUUUUGUGUAAAAUUAAUUAGGCAUAACAGUGUUGCUGCUAGUUAGCGAUAGCAACUCCAGGUGUAAACUGAAGGAUUAUUUGUACAGGUGAAUCAUAGAUGGUCUUUGGUACGAUACACGGCGCCUCCUGCUGUUUGUUAUUUUCAGAAUUGUGAGCUCGACUUGUAUAUAGAAAGAGGAUCUUUGUGAUGUUUUCGAUCGGCAGCUGUCUUUUUUUCCCUUCAAACAAAAGAAACUUGGCUUUAGUGCAUAUCAUGUAUAGUAUCAUAAAUGAAUCAGAAUUUAUGAAAAGGAAUAACGAUCAAAUAUAACUUUUUACUGCAUAAACGUAAUUGCUUCACGAAACAAAUACAUUAUGUUUAAUAAUUUAUUAAGCUUAUUUCAAAGAUAUUAUAAAUGGGAAUGUUGCUUUAAGUUAAAAAGAAGUCAAGUAUAUUUAAAGGGUUUUCAUUGUAUUUGCUGAAUCGGUGUUGGAUUAUGAAUUUGAUUUUCGAAAUGAAUAAAUAAACACUUAGUUUUGAUAUUAAGCA